CUCUGUUGCACUCAAAAACAUACUCUAUUAGUUAUUGCUUUAAAAAAAAUAUAACUUGAAUGGUAUUAACACCUGAUACAUUUCCGUCAAACGUAUAAAAAACAUCUGGCGAAGCCUUUGUCACCAGAUGGAAACCACUAUAGAAGUUACAAGCUCUGAGUGUCCUCAAGAUUUUAUAAGUCAUAUUGAGUUUUUGAAUGCAGAUACUACUGAAGAAAAAGGAAAUCUUUUGGUCUCAUCCUGGGAUUCUACUGUAUCCCUUUAUAAUUCUUCUACGGGGCGUUUAACUACACGUUGUUCUAAUUUCAUUCAACGACCUAUACUCUCUUGUUGUACAUGUGAUCCUAUUGGAAGUAAUAUAAGCAAUUCCAAUGAUACUUAUCGAUUUAUUACGGGAAAUCUUGAUGGACAAAUUUUUAUUGGUGAUUUCAAGCAAUGUGACGAUACGCCUGUUGUGUUAGGAAAGCAUGAGAAAGCUGUAGCAACACUUGGCUAUUUUGCAGAACAAGGUUUGAGUUUUGAUAAUUGUGUGUUGAGUUUCAAAAAUUGUUACACUAGGUUUAGUGUUUUCGGGAAGUUGGGACAAGACCACGAAGGUCUGGGACUGGAGGUAUUACUCGAUGCAUCUGUCGAUAAAACGCCCUACCGUAACAAUUCUUUAUGUUUCAGAAAUCAAAAAUUGGUUCAUACAAUUCCAAUGAAUGGAAAAGUUUUUUCUUUAGCUAUUUGUAAUUCCAACGCUAAGCUUGUUCUUUGUGAUUCUGAAAAAACGGUACUUUUGUUUUUUGGUGUAGCGAUUUGUCAUACUGUUCUUUUUUUAAAGGUAACUAUUUAUGAUAUUCGAAAUCUAUCCAAACCUGAAUCAGUCCGAAGUUCAGCACAACCUGUAUUAAAAUAUCAAUUACGCCAUGUCGCGUGUUUUCCGGAUGCCACAGGUUAUGCGGUGGCAUCAGUCGAGGGGCGAGUAGCGUGGGAAUAUUUCGAUGCGACGCUUGGUCCUAAUGGAUCCAAAAAAAAUUAUGCCUUUAAAUGCCACAGGGAAAAAGAGGAAGAUAACAGGGAGCUUAUAUUUCCUGUUAACAAAUUAGCAUUCAAUUAUAAGUAUAAUAGUUUUGCCACGGGUGGAGGGGAUGCGACGACGUCUAUUUGGGAUGGAUAUAAUAAAAAGCGUUUAUGGAAGUCUUCCAAAUUAUCCACAAGUGAAAAUGUUUCUGGAUUGUGUUUUGAUCGUCACGGCCUCCUCUUGGCUAUAGGGCUAUCGAAUGGCAGAAUCACACCAACCAUUCCCCGUUCACCGAGUCGAGUUAUUAUUCGUCAUAUGAAACCUGAGGAUGUGAGCCCACGAGUUAUGAAAAAAGAAUAAACUAUGCGUAAAUUUUUGACGGGGGUUUAUAUAUAAAGAAAUAUUAUGGGUAUUAAAAAAAAA